UUGUCAUAUGAUUGUUAGAACCAGUUGUUGUCAUACAAUUGGCAUCACAGAUCUGGCAACUACAUGGCCAGUCGCUGCCAUAGUAAGCUGUGGGUAAAUUAGUCUGGUAGCGCUGUGUCAGAUAGCUGUCAUAUGCGCAAUGGAGUCGAGAAAUAAACAAUUUAGUGAUUGGAUGAGUUCCAAAAAACGUUGUAGGAGAACGCGGAAAAUCGAACAAGAAUGGACACCAAAUGAUGUUCGUUUGCUCAUCCGGCUGGUGGCACAACGCGACUUGCUGUGGGAUCCAAGCAACUCGAGUCACAAGGAUGGCAAAUUACGUGAAGAAGCAUUUCGAAUUAUAGCCAGCAAACUGGAUCGCACAUUGGCCGACUGCAAGGCCAAAUGGGACAAUCUGCGAGCUCAAUAUAGAAGCUAUCAAGCGAAGGCUACUCAAAACGUGAAAAUCAAAUGGCAAUACUUCGAGCCCUUGCACUUUUUACAUCAAGUCUGCGAGCCACGCAAGUCCAAAGGCAAUUCUUUACAGCUCGAGUCGAAUGAUGAGGUUACUAUCAAGCGUACACCUUCAGUGCAUUUGAUGGAUGAUUUGGACACCUGUUCCAGCUUGUUCUCCUUUGCUGCUAAAGCACCCGAACUGCACGAUCGAUCUAUAGCAAUUGAAGCGCGGGAUCAUAAUCCCAAUUCCCAACAAAUCUUUGGCAACUUUAUAGCCGACCAAAUGUGCCAACUACAACCACAUAUAGCUGAUGAGCUAAAGCGAAAUAUUUUGAAACUAAUUGUGGAGGCAUUAGACAAACAAUAAUACUGAAAUGUAUAUCUUAAUUUACUCCUAGUCACAUGUAUUUCGUCAAUUAAUUAUUGUGUAUUCGUAUCAUAUUCCAAAAAUAUACAUUUAUUAUCUUUAGUAA